UCUUGAUCGCUGUCUUGAUUCGGUCAGUCUGGAGUAAACUCACCAAGAAGUCACUGGAACCCAAAUUCGCGCAAAAUCUCUUAUCUCCAUGGCUCUCCGUUCGCUCGUGACGAGGAAAACCCUCGCGGAUCCCCGGGCUCUAGGGCUAGGGCUUGCUCAGCUGCGGGGAUUGAAGACGUUUUCGCUCCCGGAUUUGCCUUACGACUACGGUGCUUUGGAGCCGGCGAUCAGUGGCGAAAUCAUGCAGCUUCACCACCAGAAGCAUCACCAGACCUACAUCACCAAUUACAAUAAGGCUCUCGAGCAGCUUCAAGGUGCCAUGGACAAGGGCGACUCCCCUACUGUCGUCAAGUUGCAGAGUGCCAUCAAGUUCAAUGGCGGAGGUCAUGUCAACCACUCAAUCUUCUGGAAGAAUCUUACUCCUGUUCAUGAAGGAGGUGGUGAACCUCCAAAGGGUUCCUUGGGCUCAGCUAUUGACACACAUUUUGGUUCCUUUGAAGCGUUGAUACAAAAGAUGAAUGCUGAAGGUGCUGCUCUUCAGGGCUCUGGAUGGGUGUGGCUCGGUGUGGACAGAGAAUUGAAGAAGCUUUUGGUUGAAACCACCGCAAAUCAGGACCCGCUGGUAACGAAAGGGGCAAAUCUAGUUCCUUUGCUUGGUAUUGAUGUUUGGGAGCAUGCAUACUACUUACAGUACAAGAAUGUCAGGCCAGAUUAUCUGAAGAACAUAUGGAAAGUUGUGAACUGGAAGUAUGCCAGCGAAAUUUUUGAGAGAGAAUCUCAAUGACCCAUUAGCCUACCUUAGAGGUUGGAGGGACCAGAAGAUAUUAGGGGGCCAUUCUGCUUGUUAGGUUUAAGAUUAAAAUAAGACAAAUCUACUGUAGUAUAUGCUGAGCUCCACUUGCUUCAUUGGGGAGAUUCAGUAUGGCUGUACUUAUGUGUUAGAAUGAAAUAAUGUUGGGCCAUAUACCCUUCUGGUUUUUCUGCGCUUGAUCUGUUCCAAUAAGAGGACGUUUGGAGCUUCUUGGAUCUGAGCGGCUUGAUGUGGAUUUGGGUUUAUUUGAUACUCUCUUGCUGUUUCUGAUGCCCUGUAGUUUCUGUGAACUGUUCUGAGCUUGAAUUCCUUGUUGGUGA